AUGGCUAGUAACUUAUCUUGGUUGGUCAACUUAGACACCACCUCCGUCCCUGGUCACUACUUGCGUAGAUCUUCCAUUAUCGGUACCAUUGGUCCAAAGACCAACAACCCUGAAGUAUUAGUCAAGUUGAGAAAGGCCGGGUUGAACAUUGUUAGAAUGAACUUCUCUCAUGGUUCAUAUGAAUACCAUCAAUCCGUCAUUGACAAUGCUAGAGAAUCCACCAGAUUAUACAAGGGUAGACCCUUGGCCAUUGCAUUGGAUACUAAGGGUCCUGAAAUCAGAACCGGUACCACUGUUGGUGAAAAGGACUACCCUAUCCCCGCUGGUCACGAAAUGGUUUUCACCACUGAUGAAGAGUUCAAGACCAAGUGUGAUGACAAGGUUAUGUAUCUUGACUACGAAAACAUCACCAAGGUGAUUGAAAAGGGUAAGAUCAUCUAUGUUGACGAUGGUGUUCUUUCCUUUGAAGUUCUUGAAGUUGCUGACUCCAAGACUCUUAAGGUCAGAUCUGUUAACGCCGGUAAGGUGUGUUCUCACAAGGGUGUUAACUUGCCCGGUACUGAUGUUGAUUUGCCUGCCUUAAGUGAAAAGGAUAAGGCCGAUAUUCGUUUCGGUGUUAAGAAUGAUGUUGACAUGAUUUUUGCCUCAUUCAUCAGAACCGGUAACGAUAUCAAGGAAAUCAGAAAGGUUUUGGGUGAAGAUGGUAAGGCCAUCAAGAUCAUUGCUAAGAUUGAAAACCAACAAGGUGUUAACAACUUUGAUGACAUUUUGAAGGAAACUGAUGGUGUCAUGGUUGCCAGAGGUGAUUUGGGUAUUGAAAUCCCAGCUUCCCAAGUGUUUGUCGUCCAAAAGCAAUUGAUUGCUAAAUGUAACUUGGCCGGUAAGCCAGUCAUUUGUGCUACUCAAAUGUUGGAAUCAAUGACUUACAACCCAAGACCAACCAGAGCUGAAAUCUCCGAUGUUGGUAACGCUAUUUUGGAUGGUUCUGACUGUGUCAUGUUGUCUGGUGAAACUGCCAAGGGAUUGUAUCCUGCUGAAGCUGUUGCCAUUAUGCACAACACUGUGAUUACUGCUGAAAAGGCUAUUCCUUACUCUGCUUUGUUUAAUCAAAUCAGAGCCUUGAUUCCUCGUCCAACCCCAACAAGUGAAACAUGUGCCAUGGCUGCUGUUUCUGCCUCUUAUGAACAAGGUGCUGGUGCCAUUGUUGUCUUGUCUACUUCUGGUGACACCGCAAGAUUGGUUUCUAAAUACAAGCCCCAAGUUCCAGUUUUGAUGGUUACCCGUAACCAAAAGUCUGCUAGAGCUUCCCAUUUGUCACGUGGUGUCUAUCCAUUCAUCUACGAAAAGCCUGCUGUUGAAAACUGGCAAGAAGAUGUUGAAAACAGAUUGAGAUGGGCUGUUGCUGAAGCUUUGGAAUUGGGAAUCAUCAAGAAGGGUGAUGCCAUUAUUUCCAUCCAAGGUUGGACCAGAGGUUCUGGUCACUCUAACACUGUUAGAGUCUUGCAAGCUUAA